CUGUCAUGUUCGCGCCAGAAGUGUUGGAUGAAGUUAUGGCCCUGAAAUCUAUUUUUUGUAACCCUAAAGAGUUUUGCUUGGUGAAUCCGUCAUCAUUUGAUGUCCUUGAGAAAAUCUCAGGACCAAUUUCUUUCAAAAUUUCCGUCAGUUGUGUCGUAGGGCGAGACUUAUCAGAGGGGAACAGUCCUGUUUCAAUCGUUGUGGAAAUGACUGUUGUAAUUUCAGAUGAGUAUCCCCAAAAAUUGCCAGAAAUAUCACUAUCAUGCGCGGAAAUGUCGAAGAAAGACUUGAAUUCUUUGCGAAAAAAUCUAUUGGAGUUUGCAAACGAUAUUCGUCGUUCAAGUUCCGAGCCAAUGAUUAUGGAACUGGUUUUGUGGCUGCAAGAGAAUACUAAAGCUUUUUUAUGUUUUGACAACACAAGUGCAGCAUCACAGUGCACAAAUGGUGGCUACUGUGCAGAUAAAAUCAUGAUUUUACUCAAGAUAGACCACAUGCGGAGUAAAAAUCGUUACAUAAAAACCAUAACACGUUGGAUUAAAGAGCUGAAUUUAACUGGAAGACUCUUCCUCUUAAAUGCUUUCAUCUUCCUUUUGCUGACUGGGGAUGCUAGUGAUGUCAAAGAAUAUUUACGAAAGCAUAAAACUUGCAAUGUUGACGUUGACUCUUCUGGAAAACCAUGCAAGGAGAGAAUGAUGAAUGUCUUGGUGCAAGAACAAGCUCCACGCGAUUUGAGGAUUUCUGACUUUGACAAAGAAGAAUGCAAAUCUGCCUCACAACUAAAAGAAAGAUUUAUGGAACUACAACUUGAGGAUCUUUUUAAGGAACACAUUAACCCUCUGCUUUAGGUAAU